AUGUCUCCUUUGAUCAUCCAACGGCCCGACUCCUCAAUAGAACUGAAACAUACUCCUUCGCUAGCUUCAGUAACUGAGAGUUAUGACGAUACGCUCCGAUUUUACCUCAAUGGAAUCAAAGUCGUGCUGGAAAAUCCCGAUCCUGAGGUUACAUUGUUGGAAUAUCUGAGGGGCGUUGGACUUACGGGGACGAAACUGGGAUGCGCUGAAGGGGGAUGCGGUGCUUGUACAGUGGUUAUUUCACAACUUAAUCAGACAACGAAGCAAAUAUAUCAUGCAUCUGUUAAUGCUUGUCUCGCACCGCUCGUUAGCGUGGAUGGGAAACAUGUCAUCACCGUGGAGGGUAUAGGAGAUGUGAAAAGCCCGCAUGCGGUUCAGCAAAGAAUGGCUGUUGGAAACGGUAGCCAGUGUGGGUUUUGUACUCCCGGUAUUGUCAUGAGUCUAUAUGCGCUGCUCCGUAACGACCCUGUGCCUUCAGAGUUUGCGAUUGAAGAAGCAUUCGAUGGCAACCUUUGCCGCUGCACAGGAUACCGCUCUAUCCUCGAUGUCGCGCAAUCGUUUUCUUGUGGCAAAGCAACCGCAAAUGGCGGUUCAGGCUGCUGCAUGGAGAAAAAAUUAGGAGGUGACUGUAAAGGUAGGAUGGUUACGGACGGCACAACCACCGCCGAGAGAACGUUCGAUUCGCCAGAUUUCAUCCCCUACAGUCCUGAUAGUGAAUUAAUUUUCCCACCUUCAUUGCAUAAAUUUGAGUUCAAACCGUUGACCUUUGGAAACAAGGAAAAACGGUGGUAUCGCCCCGUUACCCUGCAACAGUUGCUGGAAAUUAAGGAUGUUUGUCCGUCUGCCAAGAUUAUAGGGGGCAGCACCGAGACGCAAAUUGAGAUCAAGUUCAAAGCUAUGAAAUACGUCGAUUCAAUAUAUGUUGGUGAUAUCCCGGAGUUGAAGCAGUACGCUAUGACGGAUGAUUACUUGGAAUUGGGGGCAAAUGUUUCCUUGACGGAUUUGGAGACUAUAUGCGACGAAGCGGUUAAGAGGUAUGGCCCGAAUAAGGGUCAGGCGUUUGUUGCAAUCAAGAAACAAAUCAGGUACUUUGCUGGAAGGCAGAUUCGGAAUGUUGCGUCGCCUGCGGGAAACAUAGUGACUGCUUCACCGAUAUCCGACCUAAAUCCAGUGUUUGUUGCUACCAACACGAUCCUGGUUGCAAAGUCUCUGGAAGGAGACACGGAAAUUCCUAUGGGCGAGUUCUUCAAGGGAUAUCGAUCUACAGCCUUGGCACCCAAUGCUGUCGUGGCGUUGUUGCGAAUUCCCGUGGGCCAGGAAUCUGGGGAAUAUCUCCGUGCAUACAAGCAAUCAAAGAGGAAGGAUGAUGAUAUUGCCAUCGUUAAUGCUUCUUUACGGGUGUCACUUUCAGAUUCAAAAAUCGUGACGAGCGCGAAUCUUGUAUAUGGCGGGAUGGCCCCGACAACAGCCCCUGCUAAGCAGACUCAGGCUUAUCUCCUGGGAAAAGACUGGACUGAUCUAGCCACUCUCGAGGUUCCAGGAGGAAUGCCAACUUAUCGCAAAACUCUUGCUCUUGGGUUUUUUUACCGCUUCUAUCAUGAUGUCCUCUCCAAUCUCAAAGGGGCUGCUGUUGACGAGGAAGCAAUUCCGGAAAUCGAAAGAGAGAUAUCUUCAGGCCGGAAGGACCAUGCGGCUGCUGAGGCAUAUGAAAAGAAAAUUCUUGGAAAGGAGGUUCCACAUGUCUCUGCUUUGAAGCAAACUACUGGCCUGGCACAGUACACGGACGACAUACCUCCACAACACAAUGAACUAUAUGGAUGUCUUGUCCUUUCCACCAAGGCUCGGGCAAAAUUAAUCAGUGUCGAUUUCCAACCUGCUUUAAAUAUACAUGGUGUAGUCGAAUACGUCGAUCACACGUGUCUUCCGAACCCGGAAGUCAAUUGGUGGGGCCAUAGAUCUGACGAACAAUUUCUCGCUGUUGAUGAGGUUUUCACGGCAGGUCAGCCCAUUGGCAUGGUUCUCGCUAGUUCCGCCAGAAUUGCCGAAGCUGGCUCGCGAGCUGUCAGGAUUGAGUACGAAGAGUUACCUGCCGUUCUAACCAUUGAGGAAGCGAUCGAAGCAAAGUCCUUCUUCGACCAUCAUAAGCCGUAUAUUAAGAAUGGGGAUCCAGAGGCUGCGUUCGCCGCAGCAGAUCAUGUUUUUACUGGAGUUUCGAGAAUAGGUGGACAAGAACAUUUCUAUCUGGAAACUCAGGCUUGCGUGGCUAUCCCUAAGCCAGAGGAUGGUGAGAUGGAGAUUUGGAGUAGUACACAGAAUCCUAAGGAGACGCAAGAGUAUGUUGCCAAAGUCACUGGCGUUGCAUCAAACAAGAUUGUAUCGAGAGUGAAACGACUGGGUGGUGGGUUCGGAGGGAAAGAAUUCAGAUCGAUCCAAUUAGCUGGUAUCUGUGCCGUGGCUGCCUCAAAAACUAAGCGUCCUGUGCGUUGCAUGUUAAAUCGUGAUGAGGAUAUUGUCACAUCGGGCCAGCGACACCCGUUUCUCUGCCACUGGAAAGUAGGCGUGUCAAACGAAGGCAAACUAUUGGCGCUGGACGCCGAUGUUUAUGCCAAUGCGGGCCACACGCUGGACCUUUCUGCUGCAGUUGUUGAUCGAUGCCUAUCACAUAUUGAUGGUGUCUACAGAAUUCCGAAUGUUCAUGUUCGUGGACAUGUGUGCCGUACAAAUACGGUGUCUAAUACUGCAUUCCGGGGUUUUGGUGGCCCUCAGGGGCUGUUUUUUGCGGAAACCUAUAUGUCAGAGAUUGCAGACCAUUUAAACAUCCCGGUAGAAAAGCUUCAAGUGAUGAAUAUGUACAAGCGUAGUGACAAAACGCAUUUCAAUCAGGAACUUGAUAACGAUUGGUAUGUACCCCUCAUGCAUCAACAGGUCAUGGUCGAGGCCGACUAUGAAUCCCGGCGCGCUGCAAUCACGGAAUAUAACCGGACACACAAAUGGUCCAAAAGAGGACUUGCAAUCGUGCCAACCAAAUUCGGUAUCUCUUACACAGCUGCCUUCCUGAACCAAGCUGGCGCUCUGGUGCAUCUGUACAAUGACGGAAGUGUCCUUGUUGCACAUGGAGGUACCGAGAUGGGUCAAGGCCUCCACACCAAAAUCACCAUGAUCGCCGCAGAAGCACUUGGAGUCCCUCAAUCCGACGUCCACAUCUCCGAAACGGCUACCAAUACCGUGGCCAACACUUCCCCUACAGCAGCCUCCGCAAGCUCUGACCUCAACGGCUAUGCUGUCUUCAAUGCUUGUGAACAGCUCAACCAGCGCCUCCAGCCUUACAGAGAGAAAAUACCCAACGCAACUAUGAAACAGCUCGUGAAUGCAGCAUACCUUGACCGUGUAAACCUGUCUGCCAAUGGGUUCUACAAAACUCCUGGCAUAGGGUACAAGUGGGGCGAGAACAAGGGCCUAAUGUUCUACUACUUCACCCAGGGCGUGACCGUCGCAGAGGUUCACAUUGACACGUUGACAGGUGACUGGACACCUCUUCGGGCAGAUAUCAAAAUGGACGUGGGACGGAGUAUAAAUCCUGCUAUCGACUACGGACAGGUCGAGGGCGCUUUUAUCCAGGGUCAGGGCCUAUUCACGACCGAAGAGAGCCUCUGGCACCGUGCCUCUGGCCAGCUUUUCACCCGUGGGCCCGGCACGUAUAAAAUCCCCGGCUUCAGAGAUAUCCCCCAAGUAUUCAACGUGAGUUUGCUUAAGGAUGUGCAGUGGGAGAAUCUGCGGACGAUUCAGCGAUCCCGGGGUGUAGGCGAGCCGCCCUUGUUCAUGGGCAGUGCUGUCUUCUUUGCGAUUCGCGAUGCGUUGAAGGCAGCACGGAAGCAGUGGGGGGUUGAGCAUGUGUUGAGCUUGGCUAGCCCGGCGACACCGGAGCGCAUUCGGAUUAGCUGCUGCGAUCCGAUUGUAGAGAGGAGUCGGGUGGAGGAUAAGGGGGAUGGGUUUUUUGUUGCUAUUUAG